AUGACACGCGCUGCUAAGAAACGAAAGCUCCAAUUUGAGCGGUUCAUUCAACCAUCUCUCGCGUCAACACUGGCAGUUCAACAAAUACGGGAAUAUGCAUUCACUAAUGGCCGAACUACUCAACAAACAGUUUGUGUUUCGCUCACUGGCAGCAACAACACGAUCGAAAGUGAGCUAUCUGCCGGUUCGCUAUGUGCACCACACACCAUUCAGGACUGUUUGGACUAUGAUGACUGGGAUGAAGUGUCUCCGUGUUGUGAUCCUGUGGUCAUCAUGGAUGAUGUUCUCCCAGAUAAGCGCAAACGGCACGCUGCAGUAAAACGUCAAUCCUUCCUUGAUGAGACCAUCUUCUUGGAGGGCCGUGGUCAUGAAGCCCAGCGAACGCACUGCCACUGUGGCGGCGAUGGACCCAAAUACCGCUGUAGGGACUGUUUUGGGAUGGAGAUGUUUUGCCAUUAUUGUGUUGUCGACCGCCAUAAAUGCAACCCAUUGCAUACGAUUGAGGAGUGGAACGGCUCGUUCUUUCAACGCAUCAAACUCAAGACGCUUGGUUUGCGCAUACAAUUGGGCCACGCGCCCAGUGCCUGCUGUUAUAACCCACGUCCCUCGACGGCUGACGACUUUGUCGUCAUCGACAUUAAUGGAAUCCAUGAAGUUGGAUUGGACUUUUGUGGCUGCGAGACUGUGCAAGUGCGCUACAAACAGUUGUUACGAGCACGAUGGUAUCCAGCGACUACAACAGACCCACAAACAGCCGCCACAUUUAACGUGCUGGAACACUUCCACCUUCUAUCGUAUGAGUCCAAGAUUUCUGCCUAUGAAUUUUUCCAUAGCUUGGCCAGGCGCACUGACAAUACUGGAUUGUCACCCAUCAGGGACCGUUAUUCUGCGUUCAUGCGUAUGGUCCACGAAUGGCGGAACCUUCGACAACUCAGACGUGGUGGGCGAGGUCACGACCCUGACGGCAUUGCGGAAACAAAAGCUGGCGAGCUUGCGGUGCUGUGUCCAGCAUGCCCGCAUCCAGGCAAAAAUUUACCCAGCGGUUGGGAGAAUUCACUUCCAGGAACGAGGCAACUUACCCUGGUUAACAGAUGGUUGUAUGCCCUUUUCAUCGCUAUAGAUGCGAAUUUCCGUCUCAAACGGAAGGCUAUCUCCUCCGACCAAAUGGAUCCUGGUUUGAAUGCAGGAUGGGCCUACUUCGUGGAGGAGCGCGCAUACAAGACUUACUUAUCUGAGCGAGCUAGCGAAAGACAAGAACGCAGCACGUGUGUCAGUCAUAAUGCCGUCAACAUGGCUGAUACUAAAUCUUCACGAGGCCUGGCAGCAACCGGCAUAGGAACCGUCGACUGUGCUCGACACGAAUUUAAAUUGCCGAAUGGGGUAGGUGAUCUACAGAAGGGCGAAAAGUACCUUAAUAUGGAUUACCUUGUCUUCUCGGCGCUGGUCGGAUUCACGGUGACAAUGCUAAAUAUUUCGUACGAUAUUGCGUGCCAAUGGUCGAAGAAGCUGUGGAACAGAAUGGAUUGCAUGCCGACUCACCUUCACAUACCGCACGACAACAUGGUAGUUCGAUAUUUUGUGCCAAAAUUUCACAUCGCAGCCCACGUCCAAGCCUGUCAGGUCAAUUUCUCAUGGAACCUCACUAAGUGGGUGGGUAGGACAGACGGGGAGGCGCCUGAAAGGGGUUGGGCAAAUGCUAAUCGCGUUGCAUCGAGCACAAAGGAGAUGGGGCCAGGAACACGCCGUGAUACAUUGGAUGAUCACUUUGGCGAUUGGAAUUGGAAGAAGACGACGACCCUCGGUCGUAUGUUGAAGCGCAGGAUGGAAGAGGCCAUAAAAUGGGAGCAGGAACAUUGUGCUGCAUUGUACGAUCUGGAAGUAACUGUUCAACCUGCGCUACUGGAAGAAUGGGGGUUAGAAGUUCGGAUGUGGGAGGAGGACAACACUCAUCCGAAUCCUUUCAAAAGCAAGGUUGCUCCUAUCACACAGGCUGGAGUAAGGUCGCAGCUCGCAGAAUUAGAAGCACAAGAGCUGCAGGCUGGGAUCAAUCACUCACUCGACAUUGAUGUCUCGCCCAGUGUGUUUAUUAGCAGCGGCAUUGAGUUAGAAGACAUGCAAGAACGGCUCAAACACGAUAUCGCAAACCUCUCGCUUCAUCCCACGGACAAACAAAGAGAGGUCGUUAUUCACAGGACCAAUGCAUUACAGAGACGUAUUGAUUCUUGGACGCGCUAUCAACAACUCUACAUGCCCAUCGUCUCAACGCUACGUUCGUCGGCUGAUACAAGUGUGAGCGCUCCCCAAGCAGCACUCAAGCCUCAAGACUUUCCACUCUAUCUUCCAUCAGCUCCCAACCAUCUUGAUUGUGAUCACCGUUUGAUGGAGUACGAGUGGGAACUUCGGUGGGCACAAGCUCAUGAUGCCCUCAAUGAACUCCGUUCCCACCUUCGUCUAUGCUCACACAUGUACAAAUUCAAGGACAAGCACUUACGUGGCCAAGCAGCAUCCACCCGUGCUCAGAAUAUGAUCACAGGUGUCGAGGCGAAGAAAGAUUCAGCAGCGGACAAAUACAGACGCGCACACCGAGCGCUGGAGUCGCUAAGCUCUCAGGACAGCCUUCGACCUCUCAGACGCGAGGAUGUUCGACUGAUGGGUGACUUCGCGGGUGGCCGCACUCAGGGCACCGGGACAAUAUCGUGGAUCUGGCUGGUAUCAGACGGAAACAUUACUAGUCACACCGAGAACGAACGUGUCCAAGACUGCGUCCGCGUAGAGUGGUGUAAGGCACGCGCUCGCGCAGCUCGAUGGUCCGAGGAAGUGGAGUUACUGGCCGAAGAAAUGAGAAGAGUACUGGCCUUUCUGGAGUGGCAAAGCAACUGGUGGUGUGAACGCGCAGUUCUGCGCCCGUUGGAAAAGAUCACCGAACAAGAGGGUUUACGCGCAUAUGCCUACCGUCAAGCUGCCCUCCGUUCUGCAAUGCGGAACUCAUUCCAAACUCGUUGGAGCUUCAUGCUGAUCGAUCUCGAUCUCAUAAUCUCAUCAACAAACGGGUAA